GUCAGUGAUGUCAGCAAAUCUAAGGAUGCUGCAGGUUUCAUUUGGCAGUUUAUUACUGGUAGGAUCCUAAAUGCGGAACGAGGGCAUCUGUAUGUCGGACAGCAACAUGCCUACUUUUUUAAAUGCAAGCAUGUAAGAGUCCUUGACUGCUCCUUAAAAUAUGUUCGCAGGAUCCAGACUAUCAGUGCCUUGGACCUCCACAUCCCGGUACUGCAGAUCACCAUUUUCAUUGGGAAAAAAGCCAGUGCCAAAUAUUGACGAUGCUCUUAAUGUAUGCGUCCCCCUCUGUGCAGUGCUGCUAAGCUUACAAAUGAUCUGAUCUGGAAGAAAAACAAUGACAAGCUGAUAAUGGUUUGAAAAGCUCUGCCUCCUAGCAAAAUAAUAAUUGUGGGGGGUUUACAAAGAGAAUGGACAAAUUGCCACCUUCCAUGCGCAAAAGGCUUUAUAGCCUGCCCCAGCAAAUAGGACCCAAAGCGUCCAUCAUGGACGAAGAGGAAGACGGUGACAAGGACACCAGGAGAAAAAGCAUCAAACUGAAACCUCUGCCGUCCCCUUCUACUAGCGGCGUGAAGGGACUAGGAGAAACCAGAGUAGGAGACUCCAUCAUCAUGGAGACUGAGGUGGGUACUAAGCCCACUAAAACCAGUAGCAACGGGGACUGCCGUAGAUUUAGGGGAAGCCUUUCCUCCAUAGCUAGUAGACACCUGCACGACUCCGACUCAGCUGAAGGGAAGAGGCUCAUCACAGAAGGAGAGGCGACCCCCUACGAGGAGGGGAACCUGGCUAGCGGAGUGGGCUCCACUGGGGCUGAAGAGGACUCACAGUCUGGCUCUAAGGGCCAGCAACAACCUCCCUCUGAUCCACAGUCUAGCUACAUCAAGGUGGAAGGGUCAGAGCAAAUCCUGCCCGACGAAGAUCAAAGGGCAGAAGCCGGUUUUAUGCAGCGGCAGUUUGGGGCUAUGCUGCAACCCGGGGUCAAUAAGUUCUCUCUGCGGAUGUUCGGGAGUCAGAAGGCUGUAGAGAGGGAGCAGGAAAGGGUUAAGUCUGCCGGCUUUUGGAUUAUUCAUCCUUACAGCGACUUCAGGUUCUACUGGGACUUAACAAUGCUGCUUCUAAUGGUAGGAAACCUAAUCAUCAUACCUGUUGGGAUCACAUUUUUCAAGGAUGAGAACACCACACCUUGGAUUGUAUUCAAUGUGGUAUCAGACACUUUCUUUCUCAUAGACCUGGUGUUAAAUUUUCGUACAGGUAUUGUUGUAGAGGACAAUACUGAAAUAAUAUUGGACCCACAGAGGAUUAAAAUGAAAUACUUGAAAAGUUGGUUUGUAGUGGAUUUUAUAUCCUCAAUCCCAGUGGACUAUAUCUUUCUUAUUGUUGAAACCAGGAUUGAUUCAGAAGUGUAUAAAACUGCAAGGGCCCUACGCAUUGUUCGCUUUACAAAAAUUCUUAGUCUUCUACGACUGCUAAGGUUAUCCCGAUUAAUUCGUUAUAUUCACCAGUGGGAAGAGAUCUUCCAUAUGACGUAUGAUCUGGCCAGUGCAGUGGUGAGAAUUGUGAACCUUAUUGGCAUGAUGCUGCUGUUGUGUCACUGGGAUGGGUGUUUGCAGUUCCUUGUUCCCAUGUUACAAGAUUUUCCUGAAGAUUGCUGGGUAUCACUAAAUCACAUGGUGAAUGACUCAUGGGGAAAGCAGUACACAUAUGCCCUCUUCAAGGCAAUGAGCCAUAUGUUGUGUAUUGGGUAUGGAAAGCAGGCGCCUGUGGGAAUGUCUGACGUCUGGCUUACCAUGCUGAGCAUGAUUGUUGGAGCAACAUGUUAUGCCAUGUUCAUUGGUCAUGCAACAGCACUUAUUCAGUCACUGGAUUCAUCCCGACGGCAGUAUCAAGAGAAGUACAAGCAAGUGGAGCAAUACAUGUCUUUUCACAAACUGCCAGCAGAUAUGCGCCAGAGGAUCCAUGAUUACUAUGAACAUCGUUACCAAGGCAAGAUGUUUGAUGAAGAAAGCAUCCUUGGAGAGUUAAGUGAGCCACUGAAGGAGGAAAUCAUCAAUUUCAAUUGUCGAAAACUGGUGGCAUCCAUGCCAUUAUUUGCCAAUGCAGACCCAAAUUUUGUAACAUCCAUGUUAACAAAAUUAAGGUUUGAGGUAUUUCAACCAGGAGAUUAUAUCAUUCGAGAGGGUACUGUUGGAAAGAAAAUGUACUUUAUACAGCAUGGAGUUGUUAGUGUACUCACAAAAGGAAACAAGGAAACAAAGCUCUCAGAUGGCUCAUACUUUGGUGAAAUAUGUCUUUUAACCCGUGGAAGAAGAACUGCAAGUGUACGUGCUGACACAUACUGCAGGCUGUACUCCCUCUCUGUGGACAACUUCAAUGAAGUCUUGGAAGAGUACCCCAUGAUGAGAAGAGCCUUUGAAACAGUGGCACUGGACCGGCUGGACAGAAUAGGGAAGAAGAAUUCCAUACUACUUCACAAAGUCCAGCAUGAUUUAAAUUCAGGUGUGUUCAACUAUCAAGAGAAUGAAAUCAUUCAACAAAUUGUUCAGCAUGAUAGGGAGAUGGCACACUGUGCUCACAAUAUCCAGUCACAAAGCACUGCAGUAUCUACUUCAACUCCUGUUAUCUGGACUCCAUUAGUUCAAGCACCUUUACAAGCUGCAGCAGCUACAACAUCAGUGGCAAUUGCACUUACCCAUCACCCUCGGCUUCCAGCAGCCAUAUUUCGUCCCCCUGUGUCUGUACUAGGUUCUCUAGGCCAGCAGAGUAGUCAGACACCAAAGCACUUUAAGAGGCUUCAGUCACUAAUAUCUACUGCUGGUCCUUCAGCAUCUGGAUCGCCAUCUAGUAUACAAUCACAGCAGCAGACACCAGGGACAGAAACAUCCUCUCCAGCUUCCUUCCAUGCCCAGCAAACUAUGUUCUCAUCUGCUUCUCCUAGCUUAAGCCAGCUCCAUCAAAGUGCCAUUGGUUCUCCAUCUACAAGUUCAAGUCAUUAUGCUAGUGCUGUAUCUGCUGGAAUAACCCAGCUUCUACAAUCUUCCUGUGGAACCCCUCCCUCUAAUUUGACUCACGCUCAGCAGCUUACUGGUAGUAUGACAAGCUCUGGGCAGACCCAGUUUCAGUCACCAAUGACUAGUUCACUGUCAUCUCCUUUCAGCCAGCUAACUACUGGUUCAACUAGUACUGCUGUAAAUCAAUUUCAACCAGCUUCACUGAGGCCACUGCAAACAGGAACACUGCAGCCGUUUUCUGGAAAUGGACCUCCUCCAGCUGUAUCUGCCCAGAUUCAGUCUUCUAAUUCACUUUCUAGCUCUCCAUCAUCCAGUUUAAAUCAACUGACACAGAUUACAGGAUCAUCUCCCUUGGCAAUGCAGCAGAGCACGUUGGGGUCCUUCUCUGGUACAGUCACACAGCUACAGCAAGAAAGAACAGGUUUUACUUCCAUGUCAGCUGGAUCUUCUCCGUGUUAUACACCUUCAGGUCCUAGCCCUCCUGUUCAAAGCCCUGUUAUGGGAAGAACCUUCCAAUAUGGUCCAUCAGGAGUAUCAGGUUCCCAAGGAUCUCUACUUUUGCCACAGACAUCUGUCGUUCUUCCGCAAGUUCAGCCUAGAAGUACUCAACCUUUGCCAGUAGGCUGUUUGACACAAGAUAUUAAACUUAUUUCUGCUUCCCAGCCUUCUUUGCCACAAGAAGUGGCUCAGGCCAUAAGCAGAAGUUCACCUCACUCCUCAAGAGAGUCAGUUACUGGUUUCAGCCCAUUUUCCUGUGGGCCUGGACCUCCUAGUAAACAUUAUAGCUUUAUUCCUGGACAUGUGACUGUAGGACGUCAGAUGUCCUCUGGAUCUUUAACACAGCCGCCUAUAUUUGGGGCUACAGCGGCAUCUGCAUCACAUUCACCCUCAUCAUCCACUGCAGCCAGACAAGAUUCUAUAUUAAUCACAGCAGAACGAGAACCAGUGCGAUCUAAACUGCCCUCCAAUUUGUGAGGCUUUAAUCAAACAUUGUUUAUACUGCUUGUGUAAUUCACAACCAGAAAGUCACAAAUUUCUUUUUUUCUUUUUUUUUUUCCAAGGUUAACUGUGAUUUAAAAUAUAAAAGAUAAACAGGUAAUCUUAGAGAUAUAGUUUUCUGGUCACUUGAUUUUAUAGACUAUUUUAAUACUUGGGACAUGAUGAUAGGAAUGAAAAAUAUUUCCUUUGUGAAAAAGAAAAUACAAAAUGAAGCAAAUAUAUCAAUUAUGUAGAACUUGUAAAAGAGCAGCCAUAGGGGCCACCAAAGUGUCUUCAUAUCUGAAGUACAAGCCAGGGGGAUUAUGGUAUAGUGCCCAAAAUGUCAGUGCCCGUCAGAAACUUUAACCACUCUAGUUACCCAUAGCUAAAAGAGAGCCUGGAGCUCCCUGAUUUUUGUCAAUUGUUUUCAUGCAAGCCUUACUGAAUGAAUUAUAGAGCUGAAUUGUGUUUUCUUUUUUUGCAAGCAAUACCUCUUGGUGUAAUGAAGAUAAUGUAUUAUGACAUUAUGAAAUCUAACUUAAAUUAGUGAUUUCAUCUCCACUUGAAUAGUUUUUAUAUUCAGCAGAAAUAAUAUUAUUUAUCAGACCUGAAAAAAAAUGUGACAAGAACAGCAAUUUAUUUUGACACAUUCCUCUAAGUUCCAACGUGAUGCAUAUAAUGUAUUAAGCAGUUGCUAAUUUCUGGUGAACUUUGCUAAAGAAAAGACCAGUCUCAUGCUGCGUUACUUAGAGCUAAAAAUAUGUUUAGUUUGUGUAAAUUAGCCCUCUGCACUGCUAGGCAAUUUAUACAGCAGAUUCAGUUUUAUGCUGAAAACAUGCAACUCAGUAGGAUUUCAUUUGGGAACCAAACACUUGACAAUGAUAUUACUACGAAUGCUUGAGUCUAACAAAUGCUGAUUGAUACUGUAUUUAUGAUCAAUAGAAUGGACAUGACUUGAAUUUGUUGUUUACUUUCUUUUUAAGACAGAGCUGAUUCUUCACAGUUCAUAGCCAAUGUCUUUUUAUUUCCAGGAAAUAUACACAUGCACACACACAGACACAAACAUUGGUUAAUGAAUUACUUUCACAAAUACUAUGAAUUUCAGUCCAUUGAGAAGGAUCAAAAAUAUCAUCUGCACAACAUGAAAGUUGAAUUUUAUUGUUUGCAAUUUUUUUAAGCUACAUUUGUUGCAAAUGAUAUUAUAGCUGUAUUAGCUGAAACAUAUCACCUGACCACUUAUUUUUAACACUUAUACUUAAUAGUUGGGAUAGGUAUAUUUUCAAAAAUAGUUUCUUUUGUAAGAAUAAUAUCCUUGGCAUGUAACUGUGUAGCACAUGCCCCUGAUAAAUAAAAACUGCUGCAGUUGCCUCACUUCCUUAAAAAAUGCAUAUUCUGUUACAUUUUGCCCUUCAUUUAAUUAGAUGAAUGCAGAGAUUACAUGUAGGAUGCCCUGCUUUUGGUACUACUAUCUGGCAAUGUAGAUACUAUCUAUGUCACAAUCAGAAUAUCUAAGCAAUAAAUAAAAACAUAAUUCAUCAAACAUGUUAGUAGAUAAUUCUCUGACUACUUUGGAUUGUUCUAGUUAUACUGUGGCCACAAAUGGUACAAAACUCCUUUUUGUCUUUUCCUAAGAUGUUAAUGAUGCCACUCAAUCCCAAAGCGCACUACAGUUUUUUCUUGCCAGAUGCUCUAAUAGAAUUAACUAGGAUGCCUAUCACUUUAUUUAUUUAUGUAUUUAUUGAGGUUUCCACUUCUGACCAUUGGACAUGUUUAACACUAAUCCAAGUAACUUGUUACAUUGCCCUUUUAAAAAGAGAGCUUAGUUGUUGUUGUGUCUUUUGGCUUAUCCCGGUUAGGGAUCGCCACAGCGGAACUCCGGUCCG